UUGACAUUUGUCUCUUUGUCUCCUAUUCUGCCUCUUCCAACUCUACAGGAACCAUACAGGCCAUCUUUUCUACUACAGCCUCCUUUUUUAUUCUAUUUUAUAUAAUUCUUUUAUCGAUAAUAAUGUCUGAAGAUACUGGAAGCUCAAGCACCAAUAAUCCACGCCCAGGUACUCCUGUUGGUCGGGGCGCAGGAGCUUCAGGGACAACAUCAGCGCUAGGAAGUAUCGGGUCCAUCCAUACACCUACAGCUACACCAGCAGGGCGUUUAUCAUCUCUUCGUGGAGGGCGCGGGGGCGCUAUCGGAUCUUCUGCUUCCACCCGUGGCGGGACCAUGAAAAUGAAAUUUGCACCAACUAUUCCUACAAAACGUAACAAAAAAGAUGUUGCACCUUCGUUACUUGAAGAAGCUAGAGCCGGGUCAGAAGCAGGAGGAUCGUCUCGUGGACGUGGAGAACGUGGAGAGAGGGGUAGUGGAAGAGGACGUGGACGUGGACGUGGUCGCUUCGAAGAUGUUGCUGCAACGGCAUCUGGACCUUUUUCACUUGGUCCAGCAGCAUUCGCCCGUUCAAGGGUUGUUGCCUCAGGAGGAGGCACCAGUGGUGCGCAUUCGAGCUACACAGGUGUUCAGGCGGUCAAAGUAGAGCAAGGCGAAGGAUUGUCUGGUGAAGAUCGGGAAUAUUACGGUGCUGCAGCUGUAGAUAUGAAGUUUGGAUCGACAGCAACAGAUGCCUCAGCGCCAACAGGAUUGGAAAGCCCUAAAGAUGAAACUAAAUCGGGUGUUACAACAGGAACCAAAGAAGAUAAGAUGAAGGAACAGGAGUUGGAGCAAAAGACCAAGACAGAACUUGGCCAUACCAAGACUUUUGAGGGCAAUAACCAAGGUGUAUAUGAUGGUGACGAUGAAGACAUCAAGCCUAAAAUUGAAGGUCCAGCCCGAGAUCUUUUGCCUUCAUUUGAAACGGAUAGGCUGUUUUUCUUCCAAUUUCCUAGUGUAAUGCCUGCAUUCAAACCUCGGGUUGUGACCGAUAUUCCCAUGUCUUCUGUCAUCUCUUCUUCAGUUUCAUCUCCUGAAAGAUCAUCAUAUAGUACACCGGACAACGUUGAGAAGACUGAAGACUCUGAAGAUGGUCUUUUAGCUGUAAAGGCCGAGCCUAUGGAUGUGGAUCGAUCCACUUUGAUUGCAGACAAUACAGAUCUAUCUCAAAUCAAGACCGAGCAGUCUGAGAGUAAAAUUGGGAUCCCAAUUCCUGGAGGAGCCUUAAUGUCGUCGUCAUCAUCCUCAGCGCCGGUAGGCCAGCGUGCUAAACCGAAAGUGUCAACAACAACUGGUGGUGGCAAUACUCUUAACGGAUCAAACCCUGUCGAAAAGGAAGAAGUAACAGAAAGCCAUCUACAGCAAGAGGGAAAGAUUGGACGUUUAUUAAUCUAUAAGUCUGGCAAGGUCAAGAUGCAGAUCGGAGACAUUGUGAUGGAUGUAUCUUCAGGUGCAGACUGCUCAUUUUUGCAGGAUGUGGUUGUGGUCGAUUCGGCUAACAAGCAGGCAUUCGUGAUGGGAACAGUUGAUAAACGUUUAAUCUGUGUCCCUAACCUAACACACCUUUUGAGCGGUUUGGAAGCAUCGGAUGUAUAGACAUUACAGUCCUAAUCUCUCUUUCUCUUUCUAUUUUGCCAAAC